AUGAGAAAUGCGCCCUGCUGGUCUCGCUCGGAUUCGUAUUCAGCAGCCCACACCCUGCUCUGCCGCUUCGCACAGGGUCGAGGCAAGGCUGACCGCCGCCUUCUGGUUGGCCACAGAUCCUUCAGCCCUCCCAAUUCAAUUCCAAUGGAUGGCGCCUCCCGCGCCCGCCGGGCGUUUCCACCACGUGGCGGCAGCAAGGCCCGCACGGCCGCGGCGAAGGCCGAGAUCAACGUGGCCCAGCUGGCCCUCAAACGUUCAGCUAGUUCGAUACUUGGGCCGCUUGGCUAA